GAUCCGCGGGUCGCGACGCUCAUUCGACUAAUACCUCAUGAGCCAUGUCCCUGUCCACGAUUGUCCGUGUUUACUGAACAGUGUAAAAGUUUUUUAUUUUAUAAGUACUCCAAAUAUAAGUGAUCGAAGCUUUCGUUUUUCAAGGAAAAUGUUUGAUAAUAAAAACACACCUACUGGCGUAGAUAAGGGUGUCUAUAUUAUACACAACGAAGACUUUAAAACGUAAGUGAGUACAUUUUAGUAUGCGUACUUCUCAUUACACUGCACUGUAUUUAACAGAAUGAACGAAGACGAUUCGUUAUUAGUAACUUUAACGAACCGUCAAGGUAUAGCAAUGAGAGAUUCUGUAACGCCUGAAUUAACAUUUAAUUAUAGUUCGCAGAAGAACGCUUUAAACAAUAAUGAAAAAGAAAAUAAUUCUUGUGUGGCAGCCACUGGGACCUGUUUGCAUUACUUGACUAUAGUAUUCCUAGGAUUAGCAUCAUGGGCGGUUCUAUGGUGUGCUUUUGGAGAGGAAUGGAGUUGGAAUGGACGGUGGUUUAAACCAGCGGUGGUAGUGGCUAUAGCUUGGGCGACUGGGGAACUCCUGCAGAUAACCACCACACUCCCACCGUUACUGGCAGCUUUAGUCACUGGCAUGAUCGCACGAAACAUUGGAUACCUGGAUAUGAGACACUAUACUGAAGUUGAUAGCUUUAUGAGAAAAAUAUACCCAUUCAUAAUCCUGGGCAAAGGGUCUCUGGGAUGGAACUUGACCUACAUGAAGAACAAUUGGAAACAAGUGGCUGCGCUAGGAGUGCUACCCUGGACAGCUGAAGUUGUGACCCUCGCUAUCUGCUUGAAUCAACUGCUUGGAUAUCCUUGGAUUUGGGGUUUCCUUCUAGGAUCGAUCUACGCUUCCGUAUCAUGUCCGGUGCUAAUGCCGACGGUAGUGAAACUGACUGCUGGGAAGAACCUGGGUCAGAACUGGCCGCAACUGAUCUGCACAGCAGGUGGAACAGACACCGCCCUCAGUGUCGGUGUGUCUGGCGUCAUACACAGCUUUAUCAUGUACGAGGGCGAUGAUGCGUAUCGGUAUAUUCGGGCGGCGUGUGCGCUGUUCCUAGGCGCAGCUGUGGGCGUCAUGUGGGGCAGCCUCGCCAAGUUCCUGCCCGGGUCACGAGACGCUUACGUCACGGAGCUAAGGGUGCUAUACGUCGUCGUCGGUGGCUUCUGUGCUCUCUUCAUUACGUCACAAUUUGGGUGGGGUGGCACAGGUGGCAUAGCAGUGUUAGCCUGUAAUGCGACAGCAGCUCACUACUGGGCGAAGUCAGGCUGGAAACUAAACAACAAUCCAGCUGCCACCGCAUACCGCAUCAUGUGGUCAUCCGUCGAACCGGCUCUCUUUGCCUUCACUGGAACCUUUUUCGUGAUACACCCAUCAAUAUCGAAGCUGAUGUUGGUUGGUUUCGGCAUACUGUUCGUUUGCCUGGCAGUACGGCUGAUCGUGGCGUUCUUAGUGUGCACUACAUUAACAGUGCGGGAGAGACUAUUUGUAUGCUGCACUUGGGUGCCUAAGUCUAUUGUAGAGGCGGUGUUAUGUCCAGUAGCAAUAAACGCGUUCAUAGCUCGUGGCGACCACAAUGAAGUACAGAUGGAGUACGCGGAAUACAUCAUGAAACUAAUUGUACAGGCCAUAUUAAUAACGACGCCUAUUGGCUUCCUAUUGACCAACCAUUUAGGUCCCAUUCUACUGAAGGAGAAACACAAAAAAUGUGAAAACGAAUCCGAAUCUUAACAAACGAUAUACAACGAAAGGAUCUCAUUUUAACAUAGGUUAUUUAUUUUAUACAAAUAGUUUGUAACAUACUUUAUUGUAUGAAAUAGUAUUACGUAUGUAUAUAAUAUAGUCACAUCGCUGGUCAUCUACAUGACCAGCAUCGAACCACCUCUAACCUCAGAGCUUCGAAAUGUUGGACCAACAUAAUUUUAUAUUUCGAUAAUGGCUAAGUAUUAAACUUAAAUUAUAGAAACGAAACCCGCCAUAUUUAGUAGUAGUUAUUAGUUAAUAUUCAUAAAAAUCCUAUUUCUGUUAUUUACAAUCAGUUUUAUAGGCUUUAUGAAAGUACUUGGAUGCUGUUAUAGACGCUGUAAUUAAUUAAGUACCUGUGAAACCGGCCUUAUUUUUUUUUCAUUCAAGUUUCAUUCUCAGUCAUUAACUUGAAGAAGUAAACUGACCAAUAUACAAAAAAUAUCACAUGGCAUGAUUAAGUGUCGAUUUUAAAAGACAUAAGUAUACCAUGAAAUAUGUUUCUUAUAUUUUAAAAGACUUCAUGCACAUACUAAUGUACAAGGUGGGCUUAAUGCCAUGGGCAUUUUCCUCCAGCCAGACCUUUUGUGACACAGAGAUAAAAACAAUGGUCGAUGCAAGA